AGAUUUAAAAAUGGCAGCGCCCAUGAGACGAAUGUUUCGCAUGUGUCUGCAACCACCAACAAGAGUUCCGAGGAACGUUUGAAACUAUGCGCACUCUGAAAACGUGUCUUCGGCGGCUCUACUCACACAUUCCGGAAAGUCGAGUUCACAAAGCACCCCGUAGCAUGACAAGGAUAAUUCCGGUGGAUUCGGCCGUUUACCGAACCGAAUCAUCGGAAGCUCAGGCUGCGGCUGACAUCCUGAGAAAUGGAGGGAUUGUCGCUCUUCCUACCGACACAAUAUACGGAGUAGCUGCUCUGGCGCAGAAUUCCGAAUCCGUGGAAAAACUGUACAGGCUCAAGAGACGGGAUGCCGGAAAGCCAAUCGCCAUCUGCGUUCACAACGCCGAUGAGAUAUCACGAUGGGCCCAAGUUUCCAUCCCAGAGAAGCUGCUGCGUCACCUCUUCCCUGGGGCGGUUACGGCUGUUUUUCAAAGAACACGGGAACUCAACCCCAAGCUAAAUCCUCUGACUCCCCUUGUCGGGGUCAGAGUUCCAAACAGCGACUUCAUCCGACAGGUUACGAGGUGUUGCGGGGAGCCUCUGGCCCUCACGAGUGCCAAUGUCAGCUCAGAGAUGAGCACGCUCUCUAUACAGGAGUUCCAAGCCUUGUGGCCUCACCUGGAUGCAGUGUUUGAUGGUGGAAAUCUCGGCUACAAUGGUCUUAAUCGUGAAGGGUCUACCGUCAUCAACUUUUCCAUUCCAGGGCACUUCGAGAUCAUUAGGAGAGGCUGCGCCUUCCGAGAAACAAAGGAGCUGUUGGAAAGGUUUCAACUCCUGGAAGUAUAAUGAUCGCAUUGUUCCAGUUCAAAAUGCCGUUGUAUUGGUAUCAUGCCUGUAAAUAGCCUGUAUUCAUUACACAAAAUAAAAGCGCAAUU